UCCGGGGUGAGCCAGUAUCAAAGUUACAGUACUUGCUUUCCUUCCUCCACAUCUCCCUCUUCCUCCUCUCAUCUUUGAGAAGACAAAAUCCGUCGAAAUAGCGACUUGGAUCAAGAUUUCAACAAGAAAUGUGAAGGUCGAGUGAAUGCUGUGAGCUUUCCAGCCUCAGAAUGUUCAGGAAGUAAGCUGUUAAAGCCUGUCUAUCAGACCCAGUAUCAUUUAAUAUUGCAGGUGCGUGACACGCACCGAUGCCAAUUUUGCUGUAUCAGAGCAUGCAAAUCUGGAGUCCCAAUAUAGCUGCAGCAAUCGGCGCUGGUGGAGGCAUUGGCUGGCAAAGGCAGCUCGCGUCCAUCGUCUUCAGCUGCGAGGAUGGACAGUCUCUGUGUGGAUGAGCGCUCUCGCUGUGGCCUAUAUAUAGCUCAAAGUGUAUGUUUGUCACUGUUUUGGACGAAACUGCUGAUUCAUCUCAACUCCCUUCUCAUCGUGAACCCCCCUCUCUUGAGAGAAGACACAACGAAGUCAGAAGCACUGCUGCACGUGCCCUUGACUGGGCUGAAAGAUUUGCUACAUGGAUGAAAAAGGUUGUUAUUGACUGUUGCACUCUACUGUGGUCUUGAGGGUGACGUCUUCGUGUCCUGUUGUCAGCUUGAGGCAGCCGAGACGAUAAGGAAGUGCUAUAUACGAUGGUGCAAUGAAACCAGACUCGAAUCAUUACUUUG